AUGAGCGUAAUCAGGGAAAAUAACAAAAAUAGAGGUAAAGUCUAUCGUUGCUUUGCCAUUUUUAACUGUGAUAGAUAAGAAUUCACUCACAUUUAAAAGCGACGAUGCAACAAGUCUUAUGAAUCCUCUUAUCAAGACAUCAGAAAUUAAGCUGAACUUUGUUUCUCUACUCAUUCCUUAGAACUAAGUUAUAAGAAUGCCUAUUCAGAAUGGUUCGGAAUCUUAGAUUAACCAUAAAAGUGUUAUUUCAUAUUCAUGCUCUUUCCUCAAACCAAUAUCUAAUUAGUAAAUGAUGCCUUAAAUCAAUUAAUUAAAUUAGUCUCAUCCAUACCCAAUUACUACCACUUAACUUCUGAAUAAUUGGAUCAACUAAAAAGAGCAGAAAUGAGGAAACUGAUAGACAAAUUAGAAAAUGAAUACAUUGAAAAAGAUGGCAUAAUGGGUAAUCCUUCAGAUGAUGAAUAAGCUGGUAGCAAGAUUUUGAGUAUUAAUCCUAUUAAGUCAAAUCCUCCAAGCAUAUUCAGAUCAAAUAUUUAAUUAUAACAAUCAAAAAAUGACACUAAAGAACUUAUUCAGAUCUAAACUGUAGAUAAGGAAUAUCUUGAGUUUGGAGUCUAUAGAGGAUUUGCUAUCUUUAGUGUCAAAUAAUAAAAAAUCAUAUUCUAACUUAAAAGAGGAUCCAAAUCAGCAUUUUCGCAAUCAAUCAAUAAUAUAGAGAAGUUAUUAAUGAUAAAUUCCAAAUAACCUGAGUAAAAUUAGAAAAUAUUUUAAAAAAUCAAUUCCAAAGCAGAAUGGCAUGGUAAGUAUCAUAAAAUUGAUUAAUGCUAUUAUUUGAUUAUGACAUAUCAAAAUGCUGACCCAGAGGAAUGCCACAACACUUUAAAAUUAGCAAUAAGUAGAUUUUCGAAAAAUCCAAAUUUUGUUUAAUAUUCAUAAUAAGAACUGAAUGAUAAAUACCUUUGGGAUAUCAGCAAUCUGUUAAAAUCUUCAGAAAAGCAAUAUGAAUUUGAUCAAGGAUAUUUAGGUUAACCCAGUGAUGAUGAGAUAGUACCUAAAUUAGACAUUCUAAAAUAAAGGACUUUUGGCUUAACAAAAAAUUAUUCUUCUUUUUCAGCAUCCAAAAUGGAAUUAAUUUAAAUGUAGAUUCUGCCAAGAGCUCGUUUAAUGCAACUAGGAGAAACUGAUUUAGAUUCUCCUAUCUAAACAAAAGAAACCAUAUUAACAAAACUUGAUCAUUUUGAACCUUUGGUUAAUGAUACAGAAGAUAUAUUGUAAUAUGGUGUAAUCACUUCUCUUGUUAUUCUGUUAAUUAUUUUUGCAUAUUUGAUAUUAAAAUGA